AUGGAUCGAGAACAACUGGAACACAGCCUCAAUGUCAUCAAGGCAAAGCCUGUUGAUCCCUUGAUGCAGCUUACUGAGGUGGAAAUUGCCAGGGCUGUCAACAUCAAGGCCAGUGUCGAGCAGGACGACAGAAUUCAGAAUCUAUCCGAUUUUGAAUAUGUUCAGUAUGCCCUCACAAACAUCAAUGAAACUGUAGAACAAGUUCUGGAGCGUGUCUACUUGAUGCAAUGUUUUCGACAAGAAUACAGAAUCAAUGACACUCCCAAAGAGGGAGCCAAAUUGUUUCACGAGUUCUCCCUCAUGUGUCCGGGGCACAUGCUUGCUGUGGAUCACCUGCCAUUCCAACAAAAUUACACAAAAACCAUGGAUAUGGCAAAGCUUCUUCCCAAAGAACAAAUUAGAACAGAUGAAGACUUGAGGGUUUAUAUGGCUGGCCAUUAUUACCAUUGGAACAGUAUGUACCCAAACUUUAUGGCCAUUCGACUAGGAUUUACUUUGGUUUGUGAAUGUGAGGGGACAACAAUGGCAUCCUUUGAUUCAGAGCUGUUUGAAAAAUCGGGGCAUCACCUUUUCAAAUCGUAUCCCCAAAACACAAAGAACGUGUUUGUGCUCAAUCCAUCCACAACGAUCAACUUUUGGUGGGCCUUGUUCAAGAGAUUUUUGCGCGACGAUCAAAAAGGCAAAUAUCAUUUGGGAUAUCAAAUUCCAGGUUUUGAAGGACGGCGCAUUGAUGGACUGUACAAAAUGCCAACAGAAGAAGCGGGAAGACAGAGAAUGAUCAGCCAUGUCCACGAAUUCCUGACACUUCGGAAAAAGAAUGAGGCAGACUUUUCCUUGCUAGGGGCAGCUUUACAGGUCAUGACUUUAGAUGAGGUGCAUCAGGUAAUUACAAACCAGAAUGAUCAGACUUGA